AUGUGGAAAUCCACCCUCCCAACUACCCUGAUCGCCGACCUCCCAUUUCUACAGACCGGCCGCUGUCUAAGCUGCCAAUUCCGCAACCCAGCGAGAGUCGCCCAGCUCCGAGCCAAACCCUUCUCCCCGCGCCACUAUGCUAGUAUAGCCGAGGAGCCCAGCAAAUCAGCUGCCCCAACCGUUGUGAAGCGGAAUACAAAGACUGAGACUCAAUCUCUGGCAAGGCAACGCCUGACCAGCUCCAUCGAAUUCCAACAAAACCAAAAGGAUGGCCCUCAGCCCGGCGACGCAGACUUCGCUCCCCCGAGACUGGAUCGACCCAUUGGAAGUCCCACGCCACCGUUAGAGGGCCAAAAUACAGGAGUUGACACGCGCUCCAUGGCCCAGCGUCGCGACGACUUCACCAACUAUGACCGGCACAUCAAGCGGCGCAAGGAAUUGACAAAACAAGUCGCCAAACCCUAUUUCCGGGAAUGGUCCAACCUCCGCCACCACGAAGGCAAGACCUUCAUCUCAAACCCACGACUCUUCAAAGCCGACAGAUCACUCUACUUCCCAAACAUGCACGGGAUAACCCUCGCAACGCCCAAGGACGCUCAAAACACAACCACCCAGCUGCGCGGCAGCAUCUCAGUCGUGAACCUGUUUUCCAGCGUCUGGGCCGAGGGCCAGGUCGCGACAUUCACAGGCCCACAGCAGAACCCAGGCCUUGUGGAGGCACUUGCUAGUGGCGGGAAACAUGUGCAGAGGAUUGAUAUUAACCUCGAAGAGAACCGCAUGAAGGCGUGGUUGGUUAAAACAUUCAUGUGGCGCAUGCGGCAGAAGUUGCCGAAGGAGCAGCAUUCGCGGUAUUUCUUGGUGCAGAAGGGGUUUGACCAGGCGCUUAAGGAGACUGUUGGUAUGAUGAACUCUAAGGUUGGGUAUGUUUAUCUCGUUGAUGAAGAGUGUCGGAUUCGCUGGGCGGGGAGUGGGCCGGCGGAUGCGGAGGAAUUGGAGGGGCUCAAUGCUGGCGUUCGGAAACUUAUUGAGGAGAAGAAGGCUCUUUCUGGAGGGCCGGGCUCGACUCGUAAGAAUUGA